UUUGUCUUUAACUCUCCUCUCUCGCAACUCUUUAACUCUUCCUAUUACAAAUUUUAGAAGAGAGAAAAACAGAGUUGUUUAAGAGAGAGAAAGAGUGCAAAUGGCGGAAAUUUCUCUAAGAAAAUUUGCUCUCUUAACAUUAUUUAUUUCUGCGAUCUCCUUUGCUUUCGCCAAUGGCAGAAUGCAUAACGAUGACGUCCAAACUUUAAAGGUUGAAGAACAGUUGAAGAGCUUAAAGAACUCGUCGAUGGCGGACAGGGCCAGGGAAGCUGAAGUGAAAAGUGAGCAAGCUGCAGUUGAACAACCAGAAGAGAUAGUAUCCAUGGUCCAAAGGAGCAUUGACAACAGCACAGCAAGGAGAAACUUGGGAUACUUCUCCUGUGGAACAGGGAACCCAAUUGAUGACUGUUGGAGAUGUGAUUCUGACUGGCACAAUAACCGAAAGCGGCUUGCUGAUUGUGCAAUUGGAUUCGGUCGCAAUGCCGUUGGUGGUCGUGAUGGUCGAUUCUACGUGGUUACUGACCCAAGUGACAACGAUGCAGUGAACCCAAAGCCUGGAACACUCCGCCACGCAGUCAUCCAAGAUGAGCCAUUAUGGAUUGUUUUUAAGAGAGACAUGGUGAUCACUUUGAAGGAAGAGCUCAUUAUGAACAGCUUUAAGACCAUAGAUGGACGAGGCGCGAAUGUCCAUAUUGCUAAUGGAGCUUGCAUUACAGUUCAAUAUAUAACUAACAUUAUUAUCCAUGGUAUACACAUCCAUGAUUGCAAACCAACUGGUAAUGCAAUGGUCAGAAAUUCUCCUUCUCAUUAUGGCUUUAGAGGUAUAGCUGAUGGUGAUGGGAUUUCCAUCUUUGGUUCAAGUCAUAUUUGGAUUGACCACAACUCUCUUGCUAAUUGUGCUGAUGGCCUAAUUGACGCCGUCAUUGGCUCCACUGCCAUUACCAUUUCUAACAAUUUCUUCACUCACCACAAUGAGGUGAUGUUGCUGGGUCACAGUGACUCAUAUGUAAAGGAUAAGGUCAUGCAAGUCACUAUUGCCUACAAUCACUUCGGAGAAGGUCUUAUGCAGAGAAUGCCAAGGUGUAGACAUGGGUAUUUCCAUGUUGUGAACAAUGACUACACCCACUGGGAAAUGUAUGCCAUUGGAGGAAGUGCAGAACCCACUAUUAACAGCCAGGGAAACAGAUACCUUGCCCCAGUUAACCGCUUUGCCAAAGAGGUGACUAAGAGGGUCACAACUGAGGGAAAUUGGAAGAACUGGAACUGGAGGUCAGAAGGAGAUCUCUUUCUUAAUGGAGCUUAUUUCACUGCCUCUGGAGCAGGAGCCGGUGCCAGCUAUGCCAGAGCCUCCAGCUUGGCCGCCAAGCCAUCGAGCCUCGUCGCUUCCCUAACUUCAGGUGCUGGUGUUCUCACUUGUCGUCGUGGUCGACAAUGUUAACCCAAUUUAUUCUAAUAUCCUAUACAAUUAAAGCAGAAUACCGAACAGCCAAAAGGAAUUUACAACAAGAACAAGAACAGAAAACAAAGCAAAUAUUUGCCUUUUUCUUUUCUCCCUGUUUCAGGUUUUAUAAGCUUCUUACCCAUAUUUCGUUCCUCACGUCAACUAUAUUGAGUAUAGUGUAAAUUUCAUAUCUCCUUUAUCACCUUCACAAUGUUCACCACUUCACCUGUAGUUGAACUCUGUCUCCUUGUCAUAGCUCAACCUCCUUCUCGCUUCCAUUUGUAAACGGUUUCGUUUAUUAAAACCGUAACUGGGGUGAUUCUGGAAGCGUUGUUCAUUUCUUAAGUUGUAAUAGUACCUCUUCUGAACUUUCCCAUUGUUCAUUUGAUUCCCAACUUCAAAACAUUGGUCCUCAGAUUAAAAGAUAGCAAAAACAAAACAAGGAAUUGGAGAUUGUAACCAUCAAGGUGGAAUAGUAUUACAAGUCAUAUUCAGCAAACAAGAAUUUUGAUUUUUCAUUA